AUGAAGCUGUUUCUGAGCAAGAGCUUCUGGCAACCAUUGCCAGCAGAGCUGCUUCUUUGCCAGGCUGCUUCUUUGACCAAGCUUGGCAAAGAACCUGAUAUUGGAAGCAUAGCUAAGGAAGCUGCUGCAGGCCCUAUUGCAGCUUAUGCUGAAACCCUGGGGAAGUUUGUGCGCCUUUAUGGAGGAGGGGGUGCUGAUUUCCCAUUGAUGGCAUUUCUGGUAUCAUUUGUUUCUGAUGGCUUUGGGAGACUCCUUUCCAAGAGUGACAUACAGCAGCUGAAGAACAAGAAGUUCAAUGUCAUUUUGGGCGACAUGGAGAAGAUGUUUCACGCAGCAUGGACCACUGUUGGGAAAGAGUCCAUCAUCAAGCAACAGGCUUUUGGCAGGCUCUUGAUCAGGUCCUUGCUGCACAUCCUGAAAAAAAGCAAGGCAGGCCAUGAGCAAAAAGAGUAUGAAAGCUUGGAAGCUAUCAACCAGAAGUUUGAAGAUGAGCUUGAAGCUGCUGGUUCAUUGAAGCAUGAAGCUGCUGAAGCAAAGGCUGCAAAGGAGCCCUUGCCUUCCUUGAGUGUCAAAGAGGGUAUGGACCCUAUGACCAUUGCAGGCCUGUCAUUGAAGCUCACUGUGGGGAAUACCUUUACUCACAAAGACCACCCUGGCAAGGUAUUCUCCUUGGAGAAAAAAGAAGCAGGUGCAUUGCAAUUGGCAUACCUGGAUCCUAUCUCCAGCAAAAAGGACAUGGUGACCAUUGAAGCUGCAGACAUUCUUGCCAAGUUGAGAUCGACCAAGGCCAAAGCACCUACCAUGAUUCCAGAUGAUGUGCUGGAAGACCUCUUUCCCAGUGCAAAGUUCACUAGUGAGAUGGAGAAGGCCAAAGCUUUUUUGGCUUUGUGGAAUUGCUAUGACAAGAUGGAUUGUGAUUCAAAUCAUAUCCAAGUCCUCCAGGAUGGCAUGAAGCUGAAAGUGUUUGCCAAGAAAGAGUUCAAAGCAAACCAGCUAUGCCUGAUACCCAUCACCACCUCUUGUGCGCACUUGAAUGAGAACAAGCCUUCAAAGACAUGCCCAACCAUCCAGAAUCCUGAGACUAAGCUCACCUUCUACAUCAAUGGGCCUAAGAUUUGGAAGAAGGAUGAAGACAAGAGUGGCUGCAUUGCUCCCUAUUGGCUGCUUACUGAGCAUGAGGAGGGCCAGAUGGAAAGCAAAAGCUUCAAAUAUGAAGGGCAUGUGGUUUCAGGCUUCACAAAUGUGGCACCCAUCAGUGUUGGCCAAGAGAUCUUCAUCAAAAAACAAGAAGAUCCAAAGGAUGGCUCCAGAGCAAAGAAGGCAAGGAUCAGCAAGUAA